GAGACAGCAAAUCUAUCUUUCUUUCCAAGAAACGAAUAGAAGACCUUAUAGGGCUGAACCCUCUCAUUGGGCCGGCCGGGCCGGGCCGGCCUGAUUGAUUUUAUUUGGGCCGUGACUAAUGGAGAUGAGAUACGCACGUGAGUUGCACUUGCUUUCGUCUUCCUCCUCGUCUUCUUCGUGUUGGUCGUUGCUGCUGUAGUUACUUCUUCUUCUUAACGCGAAAUCUAACAAUGGGGAUUUAUCAGAGGCGCGGGAAGUGUAUAUAGACAAUUGAUACUCAGUGUGCUCCAAAUGCGGAGUGAAAAGUUGAAUCUUACUAGCUACGUUAAUGGUGUUAUCCCCUUGUAGUUGCAGAUUGUUGUUGAGGAUUCGAACGAUUUCUUCUUGGAAUGUUCUCAUUCCGCCUAUCCGAAGGCUUCAUUUUGCAGUCGAUUCCAAUGCGCAAACCAUUAGGCAGUAUGGCUACACGCACCUGCUCCACGACCCUACAAACCUCGCUUCCCUCGGCGACGCCAAAUCUCUGCACGCGAUCAUCGUCACUAAGGGUUCAGAUUCCAUCGAAAAUCUCGUUUUCGUGCACAACAAUAUCCUCGCCACGUAUGCGUCGUUCGGCGACACGCACCUCGCCCGCAAGCUGUUCGACGAAAUGACGCAACGGAAUGUCGUGUCGUAUAACACCAUGAUAAGCGCUUACAGUCGAGACAAUCUUUUGGUGGAGGCUUUCAAUUUUCUAUCCGAGAUGAGGAAGCGUGGUCUUACCCCGACGCAGUUCACGUUAGGAGGAUUGUUGUCCUGUGAUCAAUUGGACAUUUUCGAAGGAGUGCAGUUGCAGGCGCUGAUUGAGAAGACUGGAUUGCUUCUAAUGGAUGCUUUUACAGGAACAGCCAUUUUAGGAAUGUAUGGCAGGCAAAGAUGCUUGGAUGAAGCUGUUAGAAUGUUCGAAUCCAUGCCGGGAAAGACCUUGGUUACCUGGAAUUGUAUGAUUUCGAUAUUUGCACAAAUGGGAUACCUGAAAGAUUGCAUAGCCAUGUUUUCGGAGCUGAUGAGUACUCAUUUGGGAAUAUCCAAAUACACUGUGGUGAAUGUUUUAUCUGGUUUGGGAGAAGAUAUGCAGCUGGGAGAGCAAGUUCAUGGAUUAGUGAUCAAAUACGGCUUCGAUUGCAUUGCCUCGAUCUCUAAUUGUUUGAUCAGUAUGUACUCAAGAUCUGGCGCGCCAUAUUUGGCGAUGAACAUCUUCGAGAAUUCUCCAUCUAAAGAUCUCGUUACAUGGAACACCCUAAUUGGUGUAAUGGCAAACGGUGACACACCGAUCAAAGCAUUCGAUAUCUUUCUGAAAAUGCAGAUGAAGGGAUUGUCUCCUAAUGAAACAACUCUGGUAAAUAUUCUUAGCUCAUGUUCGAGGGCGAAUUUUUCAUCGUAUGGGAAAUAUGUUCACGCGAAGACAAUUAAGAAAGGAUUUGAGUCGGAAGUGAGUGCCGGGAGUUCUUUGGUUAACUUUUAUGCAAAAUGUGGUAAAAUUCAGGAAUCACGUAAAUGUUUUGACGGCGUGACUCAGAAAAACACCGUCUUGUGGAAUUCAUUGAUGCAAGCGUAUAUGAACAGCGGUUGCUCCGUUUCUAUUAGGCUCCUUCAAGAGAUGAUUCGCUCAGGCUAUUAUCCCAACGAGGUAUCGAUUUCUAUUGUUAUUAACUCGUCUAUGUUAGAAUCAGAAUUGCUGCAGCUUCAUUCGAUUGCGAUCAAAUAUGGAUUCGAUGAGAAUGCGUAUGUGUUGAGUUCUCUUAUUAGCUCUUAUGCCAGAAAAGGUCUCGUGUCUGAUGCUCUGUUCGUUGUCGAUUCUGGCAGUUCUAAGCUUCCUGUUGUUUCUUCGAAUAUUGUUGCAUGGAUUUAUAAUCGAACAGGGCAGUAUGAGAAAACACAAGAGUUAUACGCCUCGUUGGAGAAUCCGGAUGUUGUAUCGUGGAAUAUUCUGAUUGCAGCUUGUUCCCGGAACUGCGACUACGUCGAGACAUUCGAACUCUUCGAUCACAUGCGGAGAUCAUCGAUCCGUCCAGACAGCUACACGUACGUAAGCCUCUUCAGCGUGUGCACCAAAUUAUGCAACCUCGCUCUCGGGAGCUCUCUUCACGGCCUUAUUGUGAAAUCCAACGCUAAACUCUGCGACACGUUUGUUUGCAACGUGAUGAUCGACAUGUACGGAAAAUGUGGGAGCAUCGAGAGUUCGGUUAAAAUCUUCGAUGCCAUUGAUGACAAGAAUGUCAUUUCUUGGACAGCUCUUCUCUCGGCCCUCGGCCUGCACGGCUACGCGAACGAAGCGUUACAAAGAUUCGAAGAAAUGCAGGCGACGGGGACAAUGAUCAGGCCGGAUAAGGUCACUUUAAUGGCGAUUCUUUCUGCUUGCAGGCAUGGUGGAUUGGUGAAACAGGGGAUGGACCUGCUCGACAAGAUGAAAGUUAAGUAUGGCGUUGAGCCGGAAAUCGAUCACUACGCCGUCGUCGUCGAUCUCUUGACAAGAAACGGCUGCGUUAAGGAAGCUGAGCAGCUCAUUCUGGGAAUGCCCAUUGCUCCAAAUGCAUUGAUAUGGCGAAGUUUUCUUGAAGGUUGUAAGAAGCGGAGGGCCAUGAACUCUUAUUGGUAAACGACAAGAAGAAGAAAGGGAAAGUCAAGAGCCAAGAGCCAAGAGCCAAGAACUGCAAAUGAUUGAAGAUUUGGGAAGCAAGUUAGGUUAUUCAAAAUCAGUUCAUCGGAUUGCGAUUCACAG